GCGGAGUUUAGUCAAGCGCGCUUUGGUGUGCCUCCAUCGGCUGGGCUGGGUGUGGUUUUCAAAACUCAGUUCCGUUAGCAGGAAAUCGACUCUAGGACCACCAGUACUUCUCUGAGCGACAAAGACGCGGCGAAAAGUGAAACUUUGUCUCCGGGGUCUGGAAGGGAUUUGAGGAGAAGCUUUUCCACACACGAGCGGCUAGGCUUGUUGACUGUUGCGCGUGGACAUCAGCCGAUGGGAAAAGUUUGGCUUUCUGUUGACUUCAUUGUACCAGCUUCAGUUUGUGACACAUUCGUGAGGGAAGAGACUAGAUACCGACAAAAUGCCGAAAACGAUCAGCGUUCGUGUGACUACGAUGGAUGCAGAGCUGGAGUUUGCCAUCCAACCCAGCACCACCGGGAAACAGUUAUUUGACCAGGUGGUGAAAACCAUUGGGCUGAGGGAGGUGUGGUUUUUUGGACUUCAGUAUCAGGACACCAAAGGCUUUUCCACCUGGCUUAAACUCAACAAGAAGGUUACAGCUCAAGACGUCCGCAAGGAGAGUCCUUUGCUGUUUAAAUUCAGAGCAAAGUUUUACCCAGAGGACGUUUCAGAGGAACUGAUCCAGGAGGCGACUCAAAGACUCUUCUUCCUUCAGGUUAAAGAGGGCAUCCUGAAUGAUGAUAUCUACUGCCCUCCUGAGACUGCAGUGUUGCUGGCCUCUUAUGCUGUACAGGCCAAAUAUGCAGACUAUAACAAAGAUGCUCACACUCCUGGAUACUUGUCCAAUGAGAAACUGCUCCCACAGAGAGUUCUAGAGCAGCACAAGCUGAAUAAGGAGCAAUGGGAGGAAAGAAUUCAGGUCUGGCACGAGGAGCACAAGGGCAUGUUGAGAGAGGACUCAAUGAUGGAGUAUCUGAAGAUAGCUCAGGAUCUGGAGAUGUAUGGUGUGAAUUACUUCAGUAUUAAGAAUAAGAAGGGAUCAGAGCUGUGGCUCGGUGUGGACGCUCUGGGACUCAACAUCUACGAGCAGAAUGACAAGAUGACACCUAAAAUUGGUUUCCCCUGGAGUGAGAUCAGGAACAUUUCUUUCAACGAUAAGAAAUUUGUCAUCAAACCCAUUGAUAAAAAAGCCCCGGACUUUGUGUUCUAUGCCCAGCGUUUACGCAUUAAUAAGAGGAUUCUGGCUCUGUGCAUGGGGAACCAUGAGCUUUAUAUGAGACGCCGUAAACCAGACACCAUCGAGGUCCAGCAGAUGAAGGCACAGGCCAAGGAGGAAAAGAACCACAAGAAGAUGGAAAGGGCAUUGUUGGAGGAUGAACGUAAAAAGAGAGAGCAGGCUGAAAAGGAGAAAGAGAAGAUUGAAAAAGAAAAAGAAGAGCUGAUGGAGAGACUCAGAGUGAUCGAGGAGCAGACAAGAAAAGCUCAGCAAGAGCUGGAGGAGCAGACCCGCAAGGCACUGGAGUUGGAGCAGGAGCGAAAACGUGCUCAGGAGGAGGCUGAGCGUCUGGAGCGAGAGCGCCGUCUGGCAGAAGAGGCCAAAUCGGCUCUGCUGCAGCAGUCAGAGAGCCAGAUGAAGAACCAGGAGCAUCUGGCAACUGAACUGGCAGAGUUGACCUCUAAGAUCUCCCUGCUUGAAGAUGCCAAAAAGAAGAAAGAGGAUGAAGCAUUAGAGUGGCAGACAAAGGCCACUAUGGUGCAGGAGGACCUGGAGAAGACUAAAGAGGAGCUGAAGAACAAAGUCAUGUCAUCCCAUGUCACAGAGCCAGUGCAUGGAGAAAAUGACAACGAUGAGGGCGACGAGAGCAGUGCAGAAGCCUCUGCAGAACUGACCUCCGCAGCCGCCUAUAAGGACAGGAGCGAGGAGGAGCGCAUGACGGAGGCUGAGAAGAACGAACGAGUGCAGAAGCAUCUGCUGGCUCUUACUUCUGAGCUUGCCAAUGCUCGUGAUGAGACCAAGAAGACCCAGAAUGACAUGAUUCAUGCAGAGAAUGUACGAGCAGGACGCGACAAAUACAAGACGCUUCGCCAGAUCCGCUCCGGAAACACCAAACAGCGAAUCGACGAGUUUGAGUGCAUGUAAUGUACCAGCGUCAGCCAGCAGGGGGAGCUACAGCCCGCUUUUUGCAUCAUGCCUGCAGAGGAACUACAGUACCCACAAUGCACCACUUAAACCGAAAAUAAAGCCAAAAAUAGAAAUAAUGCUGCACAAUUCAAAAAUCCCUUUAAUUCAUGAGUGUUGUUUGGGUUACUUCAUUAUGAUAAGGGAGUUUUUUUUUCUUUUGUUGGAUUUGUGUUUUGAUCUAGGUGUUGCUUUUUUUAAAAAAAAGGAAAACAUUAACGGUUUACUGAUUUAACCGAAUUAAAGGGUUUUAACUUCAGUACAACUGGGAAUUCUGUAGGAUUUGAAGUAUAAGAAUAAAACAUUCCAGUAUUAAGAUAGAAAGCCUAUGGAGUCAAUCUAGGGCCAUUUAUACUUGCAAAAUAAAAGUAAGUUUUACAAACAAAAAAUAAAGUAUUGAGCAAAAAAAUAAAUAAAUUCAAAUCUCCAAAAAUCACAAAGCAAAAAAUUAUUAUUUUGCUAACAAAUAUAUAUAUAUAUAUAUAUAUUUGCAAUAAAAAAACUAUUAAACUCAUGUUUUUCACAAAUUUAUUAUUUUUUUUAGGAGAUUUACAUUUUAUUUAUUUAUUUUUUCCUCAAUACUAAAUUUUUUGUUUGCAUAACUUUCUUUUAUUUUGCAAGUAUAUAUGGCCCUAGAUUGACUCCAUAAAAGCGCUCCAGAGACACGUCAGUGUGCCAAGACUGUAUUUCAAAAGGGUAUAGUUGAAUUAUGAAACUUCACAGUGCCGUUGUGAUGGUCUAAUAGCCUAGCUAUUGUUUAACAUUGUAUCGAUGUGCCUUUCUAAUAAAACAAUUACAGUAUAGAUUAAAACACAUGCCUAGGAUCAUGGUUACCUGCUCCUCUUCAACCACUCCCCAGAACUCUGUGUGUGUGUGUGUGUGUGUGUGAAUGCGUGUGUGUGAGACCGAGAGAAAGAGAGAGAUCUGUUGAUAAUUCCCUUAGUUAUAGUUUCUCAAAUCUGCAGGUUGGUGGCCGCUCCCUGUUUGUGCCUUUUCACUGAAGGAAAAAAGAAGAGAAAAUAUCAAACUGUAUUUUUAGUGUAGUUUUUAAUCCUAUUAUUAUUUUAAGCUGUUUUUAUUUUUAAAGAAGAGACUGUUUUGUUGUUGUUUUUUUUGAGACAUUUGAACAUUUUUCUCAGUAUUAUUUUAAAGAAUCCUUAAAUAGAACGAGAGUUAAACAACAUCAUCUGGGGUUACAUUUCUCCUUUUAUUUCUGAGCAGUAUUUACCCAGAGUGUACACACUUUUGAAUAGCCCUGCACUCGUAGGCAGUGCCUUAGUUGUUGUUUUUAUGAUCUAUAUCCAUUUUAUUUUUUAUUCCUGUGGCAAUAUGCUGCACAGAAGCAAUAUGACAUGUUUCCACGCUGCUUUGGAAGAAUUCUUCAUUCAGAACCUGAUCUUAAAAUAUGAAGCUUGUUUUUAUCACAUAGAGCGUUCUUGUUAACUGGGCAGUUUCUUGUCCUAAGGCUGCAGGUGGGUUUUUUUGUCAACCAAUCAGAAAAGAUUGCUGCUUUAUUUUUUUCCCCCCCAUUCCAACUGUCAAUAAAAUAAUCAAAAACA